CGCGCCCCGGGGAGGGCGGCACCGGGAGCGCCCCGCGUCCCGCCCGGGGAGCGGGGAUCGCGGCUGGACGGGGGCAGCACGGACCCGCUGCGGGCACCGCGUAGAGACCGGGGGCACGCCCGAGCCGCUGGGGUCACCCCAUAGCUGCUGGGGGCAGCCACUAUCUCCUGGGGUCACCCCAUAGCCAUUGGGGUCACCCCAUAGCUAUUGGGGUCACCCCAUAUCUACUGGGGUCACCCUAUAGCUGCUGGGGUCACCCCCUACCUAUUGGGGUCACCCCAUAUCUCCUGGGGCCACUCCAUACCUACUGGGGUCACCCCUUAUCUUCUGGGGUAACCCCGUACCUACUGGGGUCACCCCAUAUCUUUAUCUUCUGGGUUCAUCCCAUCCCCGCUGGGGUCACCCCAUCCCCGCCGGUGACACCCAGUACCCAUAGGGCUCACCCCAUACCCUCCUGGGUUCACCCCAUAUCUUCUGGGUUCACCCCAUCCCCACCGGGGUCACCCGAUCCCCAUUGGGGUCACCCCAUCCCCACCCUGGGACGCCCCCAAACCACAACCCCUGGCUGCGGGGAGGGCUGCGGAUCCCCCUCACAUCCCCACCCCGCUGCCUGGCCCCGAACAUCCCGACGAGCCCCCGGGGAGCGCUGAGGAAGCGGCCGCCGCCUUCCUCCGCGCGCAGCCCAGCCCCGCGGCCCUGGAGCUGGCAGCGGCCAUGGGCACGUCGGCGGAGGACGAGCAGGGCGCGAGCCCCAGAGAGGAAGAGUGGCCGGAGGUGGAAAAGGCGGAGAAGUUGGCCAGGGGAGCUGCUCUGAAAUGGGCUUCGGGGGUGUUUUACCGCCCCGAAAACCUGGAGGGGCUCGGGCACUACCGCAGCCGAGAGACGCAGAGGAACAGCUCCAUCCAGUCGCGGCUGAAGUCGACCGUCCAGUCCUACCUGGAGGGGGUGAGCGCGGGGCUGGAGCAGCUGCGGGCGGCGGUCCAGGAGGUGCAGAGCGUGUGCCAGGAGCUGGGGGCAGCGCGCUGGGCACUGCUGGACUGCGCCGACCGCUUCCAGGACCUCCAGCAGAUGCGGGCGCUGAUGGCAGAGCACGUGCAGCUGGCCUCGGUGGUGCAGGUGCUGCCCCAGCUCUUCUCGGUCCACGAGGUUUUUUCCCACACGCUGCAGCUGCUCCGCGGGCAGCACCUCCUGGAGGCCCACGCGGAGAUCAUGAUGCUGGAGCACCUCCGGGAUGACAUCCUCUCCCAGCUGCACCUCCGGGGGCUCUCCAGCGCCCAGGCAACCGUGCUGGCCUACUUCGGCGGCCUGCAGGAGCUCAACGAGAGCCUGGCCAAGCAGCUGUGGGGCAUCGUGGCCAGCAGCCUGCAGCUGGUGCGGGAGGACCCCGUGCUCUUCGUCACCGCCGUACGGAUCAUCGAGAGGGAGGAGAAAAUCGACGACACGCUGCUCCUGGAUGCCACCUUCCUGCCCCCUGGCCGCCCGAAGGGCUGGAGGCAGAAGUUUUACCACGUCCUCCAGGAGACCAUCACAGGAUCCCGCUUCCACACCCCCCGUGUGGACGCGGAGGGCCCGGGGCUGUCCAGGCACCUGGAGGCCCUGCAGAGGGACAUCGUGUCCGAGCUGCGCGUGGUGAAGGACCUGAUGGUCCAGUGCGUCCCGGCACACUACAACAUCCUCAGCCUCUGCGCCGCCACGUACCACCAGGCCCUCGCCGGCCACCUCCAGGACCUCCUCCGAGAAGACCUGGACAAGCAGGCGCUCUUCCACCUCCUGAAGUGGGUGCUCCACGUGUACCACAGCUCCGAGAUGAUGGGGCACCCGGACCUGCUCCCAGAAGUGGAUGUUUCCUCUCUGGGCCCUUUGAUUUCCCCCGAGCUCGUGGAUCAGACAGAGAGGAGAUACGUGGUGAAACUCAAGGCUAGCGUGCUCGAGUGGAUGCAGAGGACCCUGAAGACGGAGUUCGAGGAGUGGUUUUGGGAAAAGGAACCCGAGACGGACCAUCAGGGCUUCUUCCAGUCAGACCUGCCCGUCCAUGUCAUUGAGAUGCUGAACAGUAACAUCGAGGUAACUUCCUCGAUCACCGACUCUCUGCAGCAGAAGGUCUACAACAUGGCCUUGGAGGAGCUCGAGGCAUUUCUGGGCCGUCUGCGGGAAGCCCUCGUGCAACGGGGGAAGGAGCACCAGCAGGAUCGCACCAUACCCAAGCACUACGUCCACUACCUCCUGGCCAUGCUCAACAACGUCCUGGCCCUCAGCUCCUCUGUCCCCACUCUGCACCCCAACUCCUCCUGCAGAGAAGUCCCCGCGUCCCUCCGGGCUGCUCUAGACAGGACGCAGAAAAAAGCCUGCCAGCUGCUGCUGGAGGAGCUGCUCCUCGACCUGCAGCCCCUGUGCGUGGAGCUGGCUUCACGGAAGUGGCUCUCUGGGGCCCAGCUGGUCAACACCAUGUGCGAAGUGAUAGACAAGUACGCGAAGGACUUCUCCCGUGUCAAGAAACCUCUCUUCAAGCUCCUGCUGAUGGAGUGCGAGCUCCUGGUUGCAAACCAGUACCUGCGGGCGCUCAUGCAGAAGAAGAUGGUGUGCAAGAGCAAGGAGGAGCGGAGGCAGUUCUGUGACCGCCUGCUGCAGGACGCCACGCAGCUCCGGGAGCUCUUCUGUAGCCUGGGCCUGGACAGGAGCCAGCAGAACCUCGAGGCCGUGUUUGCUGUGCGGGAGCUGCUCUGCCUCAAGGACACGGCUCUGCUCAGCCUGGAGGUGCUGGGCUUCGUCACCAAGUACCCCGACGUCAGCGACGAGCACAUCUCCACCUUGCUGGAUCUCCGGGGCGACGUCUCCAAGGAGGUGCGACACCUGGUGCUGGAAAUGAUGGCGCAGCACCCCCAGGCCCUGCCCGAGAGCUACCAGCCCAUCUUCAGCACCAUCCUGGUCCCCGCACCCGAGCUGCCCUUCUGCCUCCGCAAGGGCAAGUGUGCCUGACACAGCCCCGCUGCCUGCCACGGCCCCGCUGCCCCCCUGGACCCCGCGGGACAGCUCCGAGGCUGUGUGGGGAGAAAGGAGAUGCCACGUGGCAUCAUCCCCCUUGCGCUGCACCUUGCCCCGUGUUGGGGACAGGGUGGAUACGUAGCA